CUAAGUCAAACGGAGUGUAUUGUGCGUCUAAAACAACCAGGACUUAAAUAAAAUCGAGUUUCAUCAUCAUAAAACAUAAUUAUUUUGUGCAACGAGCUUAAUGAAUAAAUAUGGCGAACAAAUCUCGCGAGAAUUACUCUAAUCUAUGAUAAAACACAAACCUGUAGACUGCGCCUGCAUUACUCAGCGACAAUUCUUCCUACUUUUUCACUCAGUGAAUACAUUGCUAAAUCUCUUUAUACUCGAAAUAUUUUUAAAUAUCAUCAGAAUCAUUGUGACUUUACGUGUUUUACUUCUAUUGAAGACUAAAUGAGAAGAGAGAAAUGGAUAUUUUACUUUAUGUUUUGGACCGCAGUGAGAGCCAGGGAAGAACCACUCUACAAGAAAAUAGGUGACAAAGUUGUUCUCACACCAGACUCUGUGGAGAAUCCCAUCACCAACAUAAUAUGGAUGUAUGGUAAUGAUAUUGCCAUGGAGUGGUAUCAAGGCAAGACUUUAUCCUUGCAACAAUUCAAAGAUCGUGGUUCACUGGACAUUUCAACUGGAGUGAUGACGAUCACAGGACUGACUCGAGACGACAGCGGCAUUUACACAGCAGAGAUCAACGGCAAAGAAACCAGCGAGACUGAACUCCUGGUUAUCUCUCCUGUCCCUAAACCCACCAUCUCUGUAUCCUGUGAGAGGACCUACUGUGUCUACAUCUGUGAUGGCAACACCACAGGCACUGAACCAGUCACCUACUGGUGGACAGCAGAUGAAAAGAGGUGGCCUUCAACCAAGGAGCUCAAAAUAACAAAGGAAGAUAAGGAGCAGUGGUUUAGCUGUGAACUUGAAAACCACGUCAGCUCCAGCAGCAGUGAAAAAGUAAUCAACCUCUUCAGAAAAGAACUACUCUACAGGAAAAUAGGUGAUAAAGCUGUUCUCACACCAGACUCCGUGGAGAAUCCCAUCUACAGAGUAGUGUGGAAACAUGGACCUAAUAUUGCCAUGCAGUGGUGGCAUGAAGAGACUUCAUCCUACCGACAAUUCAAAGAUCAUGGUUCACUGGACAUUUCAACUGGAGAGAUGACGAUCACAGGACUGACUCGAGAUGACAGCGGCAUCUACACAGCAGAGAUCAACAAUAGAGUCCCCAGCAAGACUCUACUCCUGGUUAUCUCUCCUGUCCCUAAACCCACCAUCUACAUAUCGUGUGAUCCUGAGAUGACCCACUGUGUCCUCACCUGUGAUGGCAGCACCACAGAUGCUGAACCAGUUACCUACUGGUGGACAGCAGGUGAAAAGAAGUGGCCUUCAAUCAAGCAGCUCAAAAUAACAAAGGAGGAUAAGGAGGAGUGGUUCAGAUGUAGAGUUGAAAACCCAGUCAGCUCCAUCAGCAGUGAAAAAAUCUGCAACCCCUUCAUGAGUGAUCAGACAUGGAUCUACAUCUUAACACCACUAGUUGUAGUGAGUCUGGUUGUGUGCAUCUUCAUCAUCUAUCUCAAACGAAAAUGCAGAAAAGGACUCGUUGUCAGGACAAAGCAAGCGAUGCAAGUAAUGCUUUCAGAUUUCAAAAAUACAUUUAACCUGAGCCUGGCAUCUGUUGUGACCCACUGUACCAGCAAUGGAGCUGACCUCACACCACAAUGGGAGUUUGCAGGAAAGAGAGGAAGAUGGCAUGAUUUCAGAGAAAAGAUUGACCCUCCAAAUAUAUGCUCAGUAACCAUUGAUGACAUUGAGAGUUGGUACCAGGAAAACCCCCACGGCAAAUUGCCAUUCACAGUGAAUGGAGACUCCUACGAGCUGGACUUUAACAAGAUGAUCCAAACCCAAGUGAAGGACAACAGUCAAUAUAGCAUCAGACGUGUGCUGUUGCCACUCCAUGCUCAUGUAUAACAGUUCCCACAGCCGAGCAACCGCAUGGCCGCUGCGACAGUCUGUUUUAAUGUUCUUCAUGUCACUGAGGCCACACUCACAAGCAGCAGCAGCAGAUAAAGGGAGAACAUGGAUCAACUUUUUGGUUGCCAAGAUGCUGUCGCUUCUUGCUUUUGGCACUCCAGCAACUUUUUUUGUUUUUAUCAAUGAUGUGCCUUUUGGAAAACUACCCCAUUUUAUCUGUCUGGCUCUCAAGCUUGUUACCAGCAUAAUUUAAAUGUUAUGUUUCUGAAGGUUUCAUAAAACCAUGAAGGUUUUGCUUGUACUGUAUUUUAAGUUGAGGAUAGAUGGUUUGAGAAAGUUGAAUCAAUGAGGUCUGGAUGUGUAGGUAUCAUGAGAAGUAUUACUAAGUAAGAAGUAUAACUAAUACUAAUAUCAGGUUGAUGCCGCGUGCAAAAAAGCCAACCAGUGCAUGUAUUUUUUUCAGAAGCUCAGGAACUUUGUACAUUGACACUAGAUUCAUGAGAAUGUUUUAUUCCUGUUUUAUAGAAUCUGUUCUUACAUUUGCUUUUAUCUGCUGGUUCGAGUCAAUUAACUUAAAGAACCGCAAAAGACUUCAGGGCAUUGUCAAUGUGUGUAGUAAAAUCACUGGUACUCCACUGACAGACAUUUCCCUUUUGUACAAAACUAGGUCCCUGAGGAAAGCAAAACGAAUCUUGUCCGACCCCAGUCAUCCCCUGGCAUCGGAAUUCAAACUGCUCCCAUCCGGACGCAGAUUUUGUAAGCCUAGAUGUAGGACAGUCCUAGGUUCCAGCGGCCAUUGGCCUUUUAAAUAAAGGAUGAUUCUUGGCCUUUUUAAGCUAUUUUAAGGUGGAUUGCAUGCACUGUGGUCACUUUAACUUUUUGUUUGUACUAUUUAUUGUUAUUCUCUAUUGUACUAACCCUAACCCUAUUGUAUUGUACUAACCCUAAC